AUGCCGCCGAAGGGUAAAGGCGGGAAAGGUGGUAAAGGAGCGGCGGCCGCGGCGGGAAGCGCUGACACUGACAAGAAAGACAAAGCACCGAAGGGAGGAACCGCUGUGAAGGUUCGACAUGUUCUCUGUGAAAAACAUGGAAAAUGCAUGGAAGCCAUGGAGAAACUGAAGGCUGGGGUUCGUUUCAGUGAAGUGGCUUCACAGUUCAGUGAAGACAAAGCACGACAAGGAGGUGAUCUGGGCUGGAUGACACGAGGCUCAAUGGUUGGGCCUUUCCAGGAUGCAGCGUUUGCACUUCCUGUCAGUUCCAUGGACAAACCAGUCUACACAGACCCUCCUGUGAAGACCAAGUUUGGAUACCACAUCAUUAUGGUUGAGGGAAAAAAGUGACAUUGACGUCCUGGCACCUGAGAGGGGACACUUCAGUGACAGUUGAUUUAUUCUGAGGAUUUCUAUCAAAAAGUCAUUCUUUGUGUUAAUAAAUUUUUUUUCUAGAUGAUU